UCUGAAUCUUUAUUCCCUACACAAGAUUCAAAUACGGAAAGUCAUAAAGCACAAGCUUGCCGAAAAAAAACUACAAAAACGGAAAAAGAAAUACUUGGUCUAUUACUUGAAUAUAAAAAAUCGCUACCAAUUCAUCUACUUAUAACGGUAUUUGAUGAACUUAGUAAAAUCUCUUCGGAUUGGACGUACAAGAGAAUUAAGCAAUAUUGGAGAAAUAAUCGAAAAAAAGAAAAUAAAGAUUAG